AUGGUACACCACAGGCACGUUCACAAGAAAGGUAACGACUGAUCCCUGUAUUUCUGAGUGUAUGCAGUAGGUUAAGGUUUUAUCUACGCAUGAAGGGUUUUAUUGUUCACUGCGCUAAUUUACUGAACUAUAUGCAUGGCUUCCCGUUAGCUGUUACGCAGUGUUACGUGCGUCCUGCGCGUGUAGGCGUGGUGGAAAUGAGGAAGUCUGCAGACUUCUUUUACCUUAUAUCAUUUCCCUCUGAUCAGAAUCGUUCUUUGAAUUCUCCCUGUCUCUAAGAAGUGCGUGUGUUUUGGUGAUUAACCGGGGCGCGUCUGCAUAGAGAGCGCACCGUAGAGGAACACAUGGAGGACUGUUUGAAGAGAUCGUGCCCGUGUCUCCGGUCACUAUGGGACCGAAUGUUCAAAAGCGACAAAAAGAACGAGCUCCAGAGGAAAAGUUCGAACAGCGGUCCCAUCAAAUCGGUCAGUGAUCCGGAUUCGGAGCAGCGCUACAACACGUCACCCAGCGAGUACAAAACGCAGCCUGUAGACCCGGAGCGCGCCGUUUAUAUAGCAAUAUGGGCUUUCGAAGCGCGCGACACCGACGAGCUGUCGUUCGAUGCAGGAGAUCGGUUCCGCGUCGUGGUGCGCUCGGGGGACUGGUGGACCGCCAGCAAACUGGACCCGAGCGGCCGCGUGCUCGCCACCGGAAUUGUGCCGCGCAAUUUCCUGGACCGCGCCGAAUCGGUUUCGUCGCAACCGUGGUUCUUUGGCAAAAUGAAUCGGAUUGAGUGUCUCAGUCACCUCAUGACAGGUCAAAACAAAGAUGGAGCUUUCCUGAUACGAGUUAGUGAGACUGACAAUGUGGGCCAUGUACUCUCAGUUAAGGUAAAAAACAAAGCAAAGCACUUCAAGAUCUAUUUCUCAGAGAGCAAAUUCUAUGUGGAAGAGUCCUGUAGCUUCUACAGUUUGCUGGAUCUUGUACAACACUAUCAGAGUCAUCCUCUGGCCUCUGUGGACAAACUGGAAAAGCCCUGCGUCAGGAGAAAGCCCAAGCACCAUGACCUGUCUCACAGCACAGUGGACAUGUGGGAACUUCCUAAAGAGGACUUCACUCUGGAGGACAAGCUGGGAUGUGGUUUUUUUGCUGAUGUUUAUCGAGGCAAGUGGAAGAACCAAACCUACGUGGCCAUCAAAGUUCUCAAGAACAACAAUUCUCUGAACCAGCAAACAUUUCAGAUGGAGGUUGAGGUUUUAAAACAGUUGCGUCACAACCACCUUAUCUCCCUCUUCGCAAUAUGCACUUCCUCCACCCCCUAUUACAUUAUUACUGAGUACAUGGAGAAGGGAAACCUGCAGAGUUUUCUCCGCAGUCGAGAGGGCAAUGCUUUAGACCUGGAAAUCUUGACUAACAUGGCAUGCCAGGUGGCUGAUGGGAUGACUUACCUGGAGGAUCACAAUAGUAUUCACAGAGACCUGGCAGCUCGCAAUGUUCUUGUUAGUGAAGGAUACCUGUGCAAGGUGGCUGACUUUGGUUUAGCACGGUUUAUUAAGGAACCGGUCUAUUUGUCGAAUGAUAAAAAGAUUCCAUACAAGUGGACAGCUCCUGAAGCCAUCGAACACGGCCGUUUCUCUAAUAAAUCUGAUGUCUGGUCUUUUGGCGUUCUCUUACAUGAGAUUUAUUCUCAUGGCGCAAAUCCUUAUCCAGGUAUGAGGAACAAAGUUGUAGUUGAUGAGCUCAAACGUGGCUACAGGAUGCCUGCGCCUUCCAAAUGUCCUGACUUCAUCUACAAGAUUAUGCGGUCCUGUUGGAGCGAGCAGCCAGAGGAUCGGCCAACUUUUAAGUGGCUGAAAUCUGAGCUUCAGGAGUACAUUAACAUUUAGCUCUGUAUAUCCUGUGUGUAUAUAGUGUACCUAUUUUUUUGUCAGAGAAAUGUAUAGCGUAUGAUAUGGUCUUUGACAUUGUAAAGUUGCUGUGUAAAGUUUGUUUAAUCUCUUAUGGAUUUAAGACAGUAGCACACAUAUAACCCCAAUUCCAAAAAAGUUGGGACGCUGUGUAAAAUGUAAAUAAAAACAGAAUGCAACGAUUUGAAAAAUUGGGGAACACAUGCUUAAUGAGUGAAAAACACAAAUUAAUGACUAGAAAAGUCAUUAACUAACUUACAACUUGUUGGUGAAACCUUACUUUCAAUCAGCUUAUCUCAGCCGAGUGAUUUAAACCAUAGUUUCUGAACCUUGGAGUACCCCGGGUUCUACAGGCUUUUCACUGCUCCCAAUACACUUAAUCUAAUUAAUCAGCUAAUUAACAGUCUUUCCUGGGUUGAAGUAAGUGUGUUAGAGCAGGGAAACACUAAAACGCGAAGGACAGGGGAUACUCCAUGACCAGGGUUGGGAACAUGUGAUUUAAGCUUAAAGCAAUACCGCUCCUGCUCCUGCUGCAGAUGAAUUAGCAUGUUUUAUUUGAAGAUGCUAUGCACUCUUACUAUCUGCCUCUUGUAUUUUUUAAUCAUCAUUGCUAUUUUAUGAUCUAUUGAUACUAUGUGUUUAGAUUUUAAUUGUUGACCAACAAAAAAUCUAACUUGGUUGGUAUACUCACUGAGAAUGUUCUGUGCCGAGAGACCCUGACUGUCCCAAAGAGCUCCAAACUACAUUUCCACUAGAGGAACUAUUGCCAAUUUAAGUUCUUAGGCUGUAGUCUAUAUUUAUGGCAGACUAGGAACCGUUGCAGUGGAGGUUGCUGUACCGAACAUCACUGAUUGGACUUCACAGAGUGAUUAACCUUCUUACCUGUGUUUAACUUUGAGGAUAUUCUGUGCACUUCAGAUGUGCAUGACUGCUGCUGCUUUUAAAAAAAAAAUUAUUAUAUUAAUAUUAUAUUAUUAUUAUUAUUAUUAUUAAAAUGAUUAUAUUUAUUAACAUCACAU